AUGUGCGAGUUUAACGACGAUGAGAUAUCAAAAGAUCCCAACCCUUUCAUCACCGUCCCUCCACCUUCAGGAUCUUCAGGACCCCAAACCUCCAUCACCGUCGACCUUACGCAAACGCCAGAUUCGGCCGAUGGUCGGAGACCAAAACGUACCACUGGCCAGAAACGUAAACGUGCCACUGUGACAGAAGAAGCAGAACAACUUGAGAAUAUUCCAUCGGUUAAGCAUGUUCAGGCUGAUCACGACUCUAUUCCGACUCCUUUUGAGACACCCUCGACUGUGGAUGCGCGCCAAGAUCCUGCCGUCGAUACUCCUGAUGUUGCACCACCAUCUCAACGCAGCAGUUCACCUCUUUCACCUCCACCAUGGCUUUCAGACAAACCACAGCCUUCAACUUCACAACGGCGGCCUUCGACUCCACCACGGUUCUCAAGUCCACCACUACAAAGGUCUUCCUGGUGGGUUGGACACGACCAAGACAUUCCCAGCCCGUCACAUGAGCCAGCAAAAGUUUCGCCCCGUAUGCUCGGCCUCCGAGAACUCGGAGAAGCCCUCAUGACCAGCCUGGAAAAAACUCACGAAAGAGAUCGUCACCAGUUGAUUCAGCUAGUGCUAGCUAGUUCUCAAGGCGAGGGAAGUUGCUCGACCGACAACUUAUGCCUACACCGCAGGCAACUAAUUGCUGCGAUGGAUGAGCCGUACCGGAUGAAGAUCAACUGGCCACAGAUUGCUACGGGCGAAGGAGCUGACCGACCUGUAGAGCUAUACCAUGUCAUUUGCUGGGAUGCAAUGAUAGACACAGAAGGACUCUUGCCAAAGAAGCUCUUCCCAAAGAUGGUCGAAAAUGAAAGUGGAGACUUCGAAAAGAUUGGGCUCAUGGCGAGACAGUGGCUGAAAUACUCGGGCAAUGUCUUUCCGGACAGAAUGAGCAAGAUUCUUGAGAGACUCAAGACUAUUGUGAAGCCUGGAGAAGAUAUCGCUGAAGUUUGGCGACUCAAAUGUAGGCGAGAACUGUGGCACCUUGCUAAGAUAUACUAA